AUGUCUCUCCCAGAGAGGCCGGGUGCCAGUCCACCAUAUGGCCAGCGCAACUCGUAUCGAAACUCCCCCUCACGCCGCUCGCGGCCGGGUGACAUCGAAACAGGCUCAUACCAGCCUGUGGGUGCUGGUCAUGACCGUGGGAAAUCUGCUUCCUCUUAUGCCGAGACGAUUCAAACUCCUAACCACCAUACAGAGAGCUCACCACUGUCACCUACGUCCCCUCGAGGCCACCACCGCAGAGGCUCAAGUACAGAGCAAGGCCUGAGCCGUAAACGAAGUCUCAUUAGACCCGAGAGACAGAAAAUUGACAAGGACCACCGAAACUACCAUUACCGUCAGCAUGCGGCUCAUAUGAAUGUCCAGCCCUCCACCACGGGUAACGACCCCCUGUUGGAUUCGUUAGAAGCCUCGACCGACCGAUCGGGUAUCUCACAAACAAACGACACUGUUUCGGAUGCCAGUCCUCCUCGCCGAACUCAACGUAGGAGUAAGGCCCAGAAUGAGAAGAGGCCUGAUGUCACUGAGAAGGCCCAGCCCAAGCGAACCAAGUCUAGCAGGAGCCAAAAGAGUUCUAGACGUGACUCGAGGCAAAAGAAGAAAUCCAAGGCAAAAGAGGAACAGAUCCGACCACCCAGCAUUUGGAACGUAUACUGCGCCAUUGUUACCUUCUGGUGUCCCGACUUCCUUCUGAAGUGCCUUGGCUGGCCGACUAAAGCGCAGCGACGAGCAUGGAGGGAGAAGAUGGGGUUAAUCAGCAUCAUUCUUCUCAUCAUGGCAUUUGUUGGUUUCAUUACCUUCGGUUUCACUCAGGUUGUUUGUGGUGUGGCACCGACGAGAUUGCAGGUCAACAAGGUUACUGGCGGUUACAUGAUCUUCCAUGGUGUGGCUUACGACCUGGUCGGCUCUAACCAUCCUCCGGCUGAGGGUAUGCCCCGCAGAACAGAUGGUGCCGGUCCUAACGUUCUCUACGACUUGCCGACAAAGUAUGGUGCCAUGGACGGAAGCUUCCUCUUUCAAAAUGUCAAUGGCAACUGCAAAGACUUGAUUACUGUGGCAGAUGGCUCUGAUGUUCCCACUAAUGGCGAUGGGGACCUGGCGUGGUACUUCCCUUGCAAGGCGUUCAACCAGGACGGUUCUACCAAGGCAAACACGACACUUGAGUACACAUCUGGGUACGCUUGCCACACGUCUGAAAAGGCCCGAAACAAGUUUUACCUGGAUCUGAAGAAGAGCGCCGAUGUGUAUUUCACCUGGGAUGACAUCAAGAACAGCACUAGGAACCUGAUGGUUUAUUCUGGCUCUGUCCUUGAUUUAGAUCUUCUCAACUGGUUCAACGAGACCCAGGUAGAUGUGCCCCAACGCUUCAAGGAUAUCAGGAACCGCAACUCGAAACUCAACCAGGUCGUCCGAGGUCGUGACGUGACCCGUAUGUAUCAGUCCUCAACCGACAAGAAGAUGGCCAAGUGCUUCGAGGAAAUCAUCAAGGUUGGCUCUGUGGAUACCGAGACUGUCGGCUGCAUUGCCUCCAAGGUUGUUCUGUACUGUGCGCUGGUUUUGAUUUUGGGACUUGUUGGUGCUCGAUUCGUGCUGGCCAUUAUCUUCCAGUGGUUCCUUAGUCGCAGAUAUGCGGCCUCGAAGACCUCCCAGAGCUCCGACCGCAGGAAGAGAAACCAGCAAAUCGAGGAUUGGUCAGAAGACAUCUAUCGCGCGCCUGCCAGACUUCCCGGAGACAUUGGAAGCACAGUUGUCGGCUCCGACAGGCUCAGCAAACGGAGCUCGUUCCUCCCAACAACCUCUCGCUUUUCCGCUGUGUACGGAAAUAGUGACCCAGGGCGCCGCAUGCCAACCACCAUGGGUAGCCAGGCUGCCUCCAGCUCGCUCCAGCCCGGCUCCGUUUACAAGCAGAACAAUGAUAGCCGUGCGAGCUUUUUGCGAUCCGACCCGUAUGCGCCAGUUACCGAAGGCCCGGGGCCGGCUGGUUUUAUCCACGAUUCCGUCGUACCUCAGCCCCCUGCCGAUUGGAUGCCUUUCGGUUUCCCUCUUGCUCAUACUAUGAACCUGGUUACAGCCUACUCCGAAGGUGAAGAAGGCAUGCGCACGACUCUCGAUUCCAUUGCUAUGACGGAUUAUCCCAACAGCCACAAGGUGAUCGUCGUUAUUUGCGACGGUUUGAUCAAGGGCAAGGGUGAGACCAUGUCAACACCGGAUGCUUGCUUGAAGAUGCUCAAGGAUCACACCGUCCCCCCCGACCAGGUUGUGCCUUUCUCCUAUGUUGCUGUGGCAAGUGGUUCGAAGCGACACAACAUGGCUAAAGUCUAUUGCGGCUUCUACGAUUACGGCGCCAAGUCUCAAAUUCCUCUCGACAAGCAACAGCGUGUUCCCAUGAUGGUGGUUGUCAAGUGUGGUACCCCCGAUGAAGCUACCGGCUCCAAGCCUGGUAACCGUGGCAAGCGUGACAGUCAGAUCAUCCUCAUGUCCUUCCUUCAGAAGAUCAUGUUCGAUGAAAGAAUGACGGAACUCGAGUACGAAAUGUUCAACGGACUUUGGAAGGUUACUGGUAUCUCGCCUGACUAUUAUGAGAUAAUGCUCAUGGUUGACGCCGAUACCAAGGUUUUCCCCGACAGUCUCACGCACAUGGUCUCCGCCAUGGUCAAGGAUCCUGAAAUCAUGGGCUUGUGUGGUGAGACUAAAAUCGCCAAUAAGCGUGACAGCUGGGUGACUGCCAUCCAAGUUUUUGAGUACUUCGUUUCCCAUCAUCUGGCUAAAGCUUUCGAAUCCGUCUUCGGAGGUGUUACCUGUCUUCCAGGAUGUUUCUGCAUGUACCGAAUCAAAGCACCAAAGGGUGGUCAGAAUUACUGGGUUCCCAUCCUGGCUAACCCCGACGUUGUCGAGCACUACUCUGAGAAUGUGGUCGAGACCCUCCACGAGAAGAACUUGUACCUUCUUGGUGAAGAUCGCUACCUGACGACCUUGAUGUUGAGAACGUUCCCCAAGCGAAAACAGGUCUUUGUUCCCCAGGCUGUCUGCAAGACAACAGUCCCUGAUAAGUUUAUGGUUUUGUUGUCUCAGCGACGUCGCUGGAUCAACUCAACCAUCCACAACCUGAUGGAGCUCGUCCUUGUUCGCGAUCUUUGCGGAACGUUCUGCUUUAGUAUGCAGUUCGUCGUCUUUGUCGAACUCAUUGGUACUUUGGUUCUGCCUGCUGCUAUCGCCUUUACUUUCUAUGUUGUUAUCACCUCCAUCAUCAACCAACCGCCACAAAUCAUCCCUCUUGUGUUGCUGGCGUUGAUUCUUGGUCUCCCUGGUGUUCUCAUCGUCGUGACUGCACACUCACCAUCCUACAUCAUUUGGAUGUUCAUCUACUUGCUCUCCUUGCCCGUCUGGAAUUUCAUCUUGCCUACGUACGCCUUCUGGAAGUUUGACGAUUUCUCAUGGGGCGACACUCGCAAGACAGCUGGAGAGAAGACAAAGAAGGCUGGUCUCGAAUACGAAGGAGAAUUUGACAGCAGCAAGAUCACGAUGAAGCGAUGGGCCGAGUUCGAGCGAGAGAAGCGCACCCGAAGCACAUACUGGGGCUCAAGGGACAACGUUCAAAGCGGCUCCUGGAUCCCUUCGCCGGGCCACACCUAUGACGACAAUUAUUAUUCCGACAACCAAUAG